AGGCCCCCUCUGGCGUCUUCGCGGAGGUCAGGAUACCCCGGCAGGUGGACGACUUCCACAAGCAGGAGAGCUGCGGCGGGUUCCACGCCAUUGUGGACGCGGGCUCCCGGCGGCUCAGCGUGCGGCACCGGGCGGUGGACUUCCAGCCGCCUGAUGGCUGCGUGCUCUGUACGCAGGUGAAGUUUGACCACGAGGUUAUGGGCGAGCUGAGCCACCCGCGCACGCGCUGCCGCGAGGAAUACAUCGAGGCGUGGACGAAGGUGGACAGCGGCCCCAUUGUCGCCCUCGAGCUCGCCGCGGAGUCGCUGCCCGCGGGCG